AUGCUUUUCCCUUUCUUCCCCGUCCAGGUUCACAGAAUGAUUGCUGAGUUCAAGUUGAUUCCCGGACUCAAUAAUUUGUUCGACAAGCUGAUUUGGAGGAAACAUUCAGCAUCUGCCCUUGUCCUACACGGUCACAAUCAGAACUGUGACUGUAGCCCGGACAUCACCUUGAAGAUACAGUUUUUGAGGCUUCUCCAGAGUUUCAGCGACCACCACGAGAACAAGUACCUGCUACUCAACAACCAGGAGCUGAACGAACUCAGUGCCAUCUCCCUCAAGGCCAACAUCCCCGAGGUGGAAGCUGUCCUCAACACUGACAGGAGUUUGGUGUGUGAUGGGAAGAGGGGCUUAUUAACUCGUCUACUGCAGGUCAUGAAGAAGGAACCAGCUGAGUCAUCUUUCAGGUUUUGGCAAGCCCGGGCUGUGGAGAGUUUCCUCCGAGGGACCACCUCCUAUGCAGACCAGAUGUUCCUGCUGAAGCGAGGCCUUCUGGAGCACAUCCUGUACUGCAUUGUGGACAGCGAGUGCAAGUCAAGGGAUGUGCUCCAGAGUUACUUUGACCUCCUGGGGGAGCUGAUGAAGUUCAAUGUUGAUGCCUUCAAGAGAUUCAAUAAGUACAUCAACACUGAUGCAAAGUUCCAGGUGUUCCUGAAGCAGAUCAACAGCUCCCUGGUGGACUCCAACAUGCUGGUGCGCUGCGUCACUCUUUCGCUGGACCGAUUUGAAAACCAGGUGGACAUGAAAGUUGCUGAGGUCCUGUCCGAGUGUCGCCUGCUUGCCUACAUAUCCCAGGUGCCCACGCAGAUGUCCUUUCUCUUCCGCCUCAUCAACAUCAUCCACGUACAGACGCUGACCCAGGAGAAUGUCAGCUGCCUCAACACUAGUCUGGUGAUCCUGAUGCUGGCCCGACGGAAAGAGCGGCUGCCCUUGUACCUGCGGCUGCUGCAGCGGAUGGAGCAUAGCAAGAAGUAUCCUGGCUUCCUGCUCAACAACUUCCACAACCUGCUGCGCUUCUGGCAGCAGCAUUACCUGCACAAGGACAAGGACAGCACCUGCCUGGAGAAUAGCUCCUGCAUCAGCUUCUCAUACUGGAAGGAGACAGUGUCCAUCCUGUUGAACCCGGACCGCCAGUCACCCUCUGCCCUUGUCAGCUACAUCGAGGAGCCCUACAUGGACAUAGACAGGGAUUUCACUGAGGAGUGACCCUGGGCCAGGCCUCAGGAGGCUGCUGGGCUGGGGCCAGUGUGGGUGAGCAUGGGUACACGUGCCACACACCCUGUCCUGUUCCCACCCCCUCACUCCCACCUCCCUGCUGCUCUCUGCCUGCCCCAGGUCUAAAGGUACAGGCUUGGUGGGAGGGAGAGUCCUAGAAGCUCUUGGCCCCUGGGCCUGAGGGCCCCAGUUCAUUAGGGAGACUCAGUUCCCUCUUGAUCCCCAUGAUGAGGACAGGGACACCAUGCCCACCCACCCUUCAGGGCCCUGGCCCACCCAGAGUUAGGGAGACUCCUAAAAAUAGCUCUGUCUGAGCUCCUGCCCAGUCUCUUGUCUGUCAGUCCUGGGGUGGGGAGGAAGAUAUGGGCGCCCCCCCGUCUGUGAGCUGAGCCUCCCCUGUCCCUGGCCUUUGGACCCAGGCAAAGGCUUCUGAGCCCUGGGCAGAGGUGGGGCUACCAGAGAGAGAAUGCUGCCUUCCCGCAAGCCUGCCCAUCUGUUCCUCCCUCCCUUGUUUUCCUUUAGCUCCUCUGGUUCUGUUUGCUCAUUGGCCGCUGUGUUCUUCCCAAGGGGUUACCCCAGAAGUGGGGGGCCUUUUCCCUCCAUCCCUUGGGGCACAGGGUGGCUGUGCCUGCCCUAGGCAGCAUCUCCUGCCUGAGCCCAGACACAGGAGCCUGGCUGGGAGCUCACUCUCAGCCCCUCCUUGUGUUGCCAAUUUAUUAACAACAAAUAAACCAAUUAAAUGGA